AUGGUGUGCGAUGCAUGCCAAAAGAAAUUGACGAAGAUUGUUGGUGUCGACCCUUAUCGUAACAAAGCACAUAACAAGUUGGCAGGAGUUCAGAAGCGCCCGCCAACAAACCAGAACCGGUUACUCGGGAGUGAAAAGAAGGCCACUGUUAUGAAUUUAAAAUGCAAGAUAUGUAAAUGUGCGAUCCAUCAAGUUGGCUCCCAUUAUUGCCAAACAUGCGCAUAUCAAAAAGGAAUUUGUGCAAUGUGUGGUAAACGCAUUAUGAACACUUCUGGUUUGCGACAAAGUACUGUUUGA